AUGCCCCCCGCCGCCUCAGCAACCCGCAGACCGCGAUUCACGCUCGACGACUCGGAGGACCCGAGCGAAUCGGAGCCAGAGCACGACCAGGACCGCCCGCACGAGCGCGAGCGGCCUCGGCCGCGCGUGCCGGCCAUCGUCGUCGAGGAUGCGGGGCAGCAGGCGCCGUCGUCGAGGGAGGACUCGCCGGCUGAGACGAGGGACCUCGAUCGGGAGGAGAAGCACGUCGGCUUUGCGGCGGGGCCAGAUCUGGUGACGAUCGGCCGAGGAGCGUCGGUCGAGGAGGGCGGGCGAGAGGACGACGAGGGCGGCGAGCAGGAGGGACGGGCAGCGGGCUACCCGCCAGCGCCACGACGAGCGUCGAGCGACACGACGUCGCCCCGGCACGGCGAGUCGUCGGACGACAAGGCGGCGGCCCCGCCGCAGAAGGACGAGGUCGAGGGCAAGGGCUUUGACCGCCCCGAGUUCGCUCAACCGGCCGAGACGACGCCGCCCGCCCUCAAGCGCAAGCUGCCGCCCCUUCCUGGGUUUCUUGUGUGGAUCAAGCCGCACCUCAACUGGAAGGGCUUCCGGCCCGUCAUCCGGGCGAGCGUCGCGUCCUGGUGCGGGCUCCUCCUCAUGCUCUGCACGUCGGGCCUCAACAUGCUCGGCCGGGCGGCCUUCCUCGUCCUCGUCGUCUCGGUCAUCUCGCCGGCCGCCUCGCCAAUCGCUGCUCAGCUCGAGACGACCUUCUUCCAGUUCCUCCUCGUCGCUGUCAGUUGGGCCUGGGCCUGCAUCGCUAUCGCCAUCGCGCACGCCUCGCGCACGACCUGGAGCUUCAGCCAAGCCGACUUCCAGACCUACGCCGUCCAGCGGUAUGCUCAAGCAGGCAUGACAGCUGCGCAGGUGCAGACUGCCAUUCAAGAAGGCAUCUAUCACGGCGAUUUCAUCGAGCCUGGAGCGUCGGCCGUCUGCGCGAUCUUCCUCGGCGUCGGCUGCGGCUUCUUCCUUUGGCUACGUGGCUAUGUUGGACCCGGUCCCGUCAUCUUUGGCACCAUCUUUGCCAUGAUCCUCUUGAUCGUCUGCCUUACCUUGGCGGUCCUCUUCCCUUAUCCAUACUACUCGAUCGGCCUCGUCUUCUUCAUCCCGUUCGCGUGCCAGCAGGCCAUCACCCUCGCCGCCACCUUCCUUGUCUUCCCCGAGACCCUCGCCCACCAGUUCUCCGACCGCCUGAUCGCUGUCCUCGGCCCGAUGCACGCCGUCGUCAAGGACCAGUCGCGCAUGCUCGCCGCCAACCCGCGCUCGUCCGAGUGGCUUCAGUUCAAGUCGAUCCAGGCCAACGCCAACGCCGCCAACGGCAUCGUCGGCCUCAUGACGGCGUCCGAGGCCAACCUGAGCCGCGAGAUCAGCUUCGCCCGUGUGAGCGGCCGGGACCUGUCGGCCAUGCUGCAGAACCUGCGCAUCCUCGUCGCGCGCACGAGCGGGUUCGCCUUCUUCCAUGCCGUCGUCGAGAAGCACCUGCACCGCGAGGAGUCGGACGCCAAGGGCGGGCCGGCGGCGGACGACCUCGUCCUGCACAUGGGCCGCUCGCGGGCCAACUCGCCCGACCACACGCCGGGCUCGACUCGCCCGUCGUCGCCGACUCGCGGUCGCCGCGAGGCGCCUUCUGCCGCCGAUCCUGCUGCCCUUGGCGAGGCGCUGAGCCGGAUCCGCCAUGAGCGCGAGCCGGGCUCGCCCCGAGGAAACGGCGCGUCGUCGAGCCCGGCGUACCCGUCGUCGCCUCUCUCGCCUGCGCACGACGCCGCACCGCUUCAUCCACCGCGCAUCGGGCGCGCUCAGUCGUCGCCGGGCAUGCGCACGCGCGACGAGUCGUCGACCUCGCUCGUCGACCUCGCCGAGCUCACUUCCUCCUCGAGCCGCGACCGAGACGAGCACGACGCAGCUUCUCGACAACCUCAUCAUCAUCAUCAUCACGACGCCGAGUCGCACUCGCACCAUGCUCAAGGGCACUACACGCGGUUCCCGAGGGAGAAGCGCCACCGGUCACGUUCUCGAAACCGGUCGAGCCCGCACGGUCACGGUCAUGGUCACGGCAAAAACUCGAGCAGCCACAUCUCGCUUCCGAGUCUGCUGCACGACGUCCUGCAUCCUCAUCUCGACGUCAAGCCGGUCGGCGUCGUCGAGUCCAUGACCUACGCCGACCUCGAGGACUACCUUCACAACCCGCGCGACGAGGAGCAUCUCGAGGAGCUCAUGGGCCUCCUGUCCAAGGCGAGCGGCGACCUCCUGGGCGCUCUCGACGAGUCGGUCUCGCACCUCGUCACGGUCAUCCACCGCUUCAAGUCGCUCGACGACACGUGGCGCGCGCUCGUUCGGUACAACGACGACGAGGUCGAGAAGCUCGUCAAGGUGUCGCGCGCCCAGCUCGACAAGCUCAAGGCGGCCCUCGCCCUGUACCGUGACGACAAGCGCCUCGAGGUCGUGCGCCCGUUCGCCCGCCUGUUCGACCCUUUCGGCGCCGAGGUGCGCGGCGAGGUCGGCGCCGACGAGAUGAAGACGCAGCCGAGCCACCGGGGCCUGUUCUGGGCGUUCCAGUACCAGCAUGCGCUCCUCGGGUGGGGCGAGGCGCUCGUCGACCUGUUCGAGACGGUGCUCAAGGUCGAGACAAAGCGGCGGCGGCCCAAGAUCUGGUGGCCCAACUGGCGCAAAGCUCGGUUCACGCGGGCGACCGGGACGGACGAGUACGACGAGGACGACCCGCAAGAGCUGCGCGACCUCAACACGUCGGCCUUCUCGGCGCCUCGAAACCCGGACAGCGCGCCGCCCAAGAGCCUCGUUCAGUACGUCGGCGUCAAGGUCACGGGCUUCUUCGACCUCCUCAGCCGGCGAGACGUCCUGUUCGGCAUCAAGAGCGCCGUUCUGCUCGGUCUCUGCUCGCUGCCGGCCAUGUUCCCGAGCACGUCUUACUUCUUCCAGAAGAACCGAGGCGUCUGGGUCCUCGUCAUGAUCACCCUCACCAGCAACCAGUUCCUCGGCGACGUCGCGUUCGGCUACCUCGUCAGGGUUUUCGGUACCGUCGCCGGCGCAGCAGUCGGCCUUGCCCUCUGGUCGAUCGCGGCGCAGACCGGCACAGGUCACCCUGUCGCAGUCGGCGCGGUCUGUGCGGUCGCCUGGCCGUUCAUCUUCUUCUACCGCGUCCACAUGCAGCCCGUCAUGACUGCCAUCCUUCCUUCCGUCACGGCAAUGCUCGUCAUCGGCUACUCGUGGCAAGACGCGCACAACCCUUCUCUGUCGAGCGUCGGUUACGGGUGGGACGUUGCCUGGAAGCGGCUCGUGUGCGUCUUCAUCGGGAUCUCGAUCGCGUUCGUGUGGGCGCUCGUGCCGCCCUCGACUCGCCAGAAGGUCACGAUCCGCCUCGCCUACGCCAAGGUCAUUGGCCGCAUGGGCGACGUCCUGUGCCAGAUCCUGUCGUACGCCAACUGCAAGGACGGCCCGACCAAGACGCCCAAGAACAUCGUCAAGAACCUCGCCGCCUUGCGCAUGCGCGUCAACCGCACGGUACAAGCUCGAGCUAUGGCUCGGUACGAGCUGAGCCUGCAGGGCGACUGGCCCUCGGACCUGUAUGCCUCUCUUCAAGCUCUGCAGAUGGAAAUGCUCGACCAGCUUGGCCAGUUCUGCGCCGUCCUCGCCAAGCUCGACUCGAAGUGGACCAAGGCGCUCCUGCACCGCACCCAGUUCGCCAACCCGCGCUUCCUGCAGGACGUCCUCACGACGCUGUACCUCAUCUCGAGCGCUCUCGAUCACGGCACGCCCCUUCCUUGGAUCUACAACCCGCUCCUCGAGCGCUUCCUCAAGUCGCCCGAGGUUCUCGCGUCCGGGCACGUGUACGGCUACGAGGUCACGCUCGGCGACGAUGAGGUCGCAGAAGGGCUGCCCAAACACGUCAACCUCGAGACGAUCUGCUCGCUCGACUACCUGCGCUUCUCGGCCGGCGUGUCGCAGGCGUACGCCGUCGUCAACCGCCUCGACCGGCUCAUGUUCGUCGCCAAGUCGCUCGUUGGCGAGAACUACCUCCUCUACGGCCUCGACACGCACCGAGGGCAGCACGGCCGAGACGAGGAGGCGCAAGGUCUGCUCGACGAGCACUUUCACGGACCCGACUCGCGGCGGACGAGCUCCGACCACGACAGCGACGCAUAGACGGCUCGAGGACGAUGUACAGCGAUGGCGACAGGGCAGUGUUCAUACGUGAUAGUUUUACAGCAGCAACGACUCUUUGUCCCUCACUC